AUGUCUGUACCGUCGAGAUCCGUGUGUAACGCUUGCAGAGGGGUCGCAAAGAGAGCGGCCAUCCUUACACCGGCCUCGAAUGCAUCGAUAGCCCGCGUCUGGACUGCCAAUGCGCUGCUUCCAAGAGCUGCAACCAGUGCAACCAGUGCAUUCACCACAAGCAGCGUAUCACGCACAAACAACAAGCAAGGCUCAGCAAACCCCGAUCCCAAGUUCGCUUUCUUAGAUGCCAAAGAAGCGCUCGAACCCCAAGCCGAUGCACAGCAGACCACUGUUACCCCAGCAGAACAUGUCUCUGAGCCGGAGCAGACGCCAGAGGCAAUUACCGAUUCCUUUGAAAUGGGAGCAAAGCCUCCACCUCCAGAUGCAGCCGUACCGUGGUAUCUCAAGCAGAAGUCCGUCCCUCACACCCCGGUCCACCUCCAAGCCGCCUUCGUCCCAGACCUCCCCAUAAACCCGCCACCCAUUCUCGAGGAUCUCCUCAACUACGUUGCAGUCACAGCCGGUCUCGACGACCUUAUCCUUCUCGACUUGCGUAACCUCGACCCGCCGCCCGCGCUCGGCCCCAAGCUGAUCAUGAUCAUCGCAACUGCACGCUCGGAACGGCAUCUGCACGUGUCCGCGGACCGCUUCACUCGCUGGUUGCGCCGCGAGCACGGGCUGAAAGCAGACGCCGACGGUCUCCUCGGACGAAACGAGCUCAAGAUCAAACUGCGGCGCAAGGCAAAGCGCAUGCGCAUGCUCGCCAACGUCGGCGGCGCCAUGCCUGAGGGCAACAUCGACGAUGGUAUCCGCACUGGCUGGAUCUGCUGCACUCUCAGCAAAGUUGAGGCGCACCCAGAUGAUACGCACAUGCCUGGCGACGGCGUGAAGGACUUUGUCGGCUUUAGGGACGUCAAGCCCGGUGUCAAUAUCGUAGUGCAGAUGUUCACUGAGGAGAAGCGGGCAGAGACAGAUUUGGAGACGCUGUGGGGCGGUGUGAUGAGGACGAGAAAGCGAGAGGAGAGGACGGCCGACGAGAUGUUGAGAGAGGUGGAGAUGGAUUUGGAAGACCUGGAGGGAGAAGAGGACGUGGAGAAGACGGGAAACAGCGCGCAGCAGGUUGAGGGUAUCGCUGCUUCUUCGUUGAAAACGCCCAACGUGCCUGCAACACCAGUGCAGCAGUAUUGCAGACCCAAGCCUUCGGCUGGAGACACUUUUCCAGAUGCAGCCGCGGUCAGUACCGCCAAACAGAUGCGAGGGCAGAUGCGAGGGCAGAUGCGAGGGCAGAUGCGAGGGCAGAUGCGAGGGCAGAUGCGAGGGCAAAUGCGGAGACUACAUACUGUAGGUCUCAGAUCAUGA